AUGUCGUCCAUCCCUUCUAAGAAGCUAUUCGUAUUUGGUCUUGGCUACUCGGCAUCCCGAGCAGCUCAUGCAUUCCAUUCAAUCGGGUACCAAGUAUCUGGCACCGUUCGAUCGGUCGAAGCUGCCACGCAAUUAUGUCAAUCUAAUUCCGAAUUGUUUCGAUUCGAGUCAUCGACUACUCAUCCGCAAAGUGUUUUCCUCUUUGACGGGGACACAUGGAGCGCUACUAAUUCAUUAUCACUUGAAAAAGCUCUGCAAGGGGUCACUCACGUACUAGUUUCAGUACCAACGGGGCGUUUGGAAGGUCAGGUAGAUCCUGUUUUAGCCGCUUUAAGAGAACCACUCAUCCGCGCCACCAAAGACUCGAUCCAAUGGGUCGGUUACUUAUCGACCAUUGGAGUUUAUGGAGAGACUAAUGGUGUAGAAGUUGAUGAGUCGGCUCCGGUCGGUUCUUCGGUGGGUAGAUCUCAGAUGCGGAUCAAGGCUGAAAGAUUGUGGUUAGAUUCGGGUCUUCCGACUCAUGUGUUUCGAAUCGCCGGAAUCUAUGGCCCUGGUCGAGGUACACUCACAAAAGUUCGAAGUGGAACGGCAUCGAUGAUCCAUAUUCCAGGUCGAAAGUUCAAUCGGAUUCAUGUCGAUGAUAUCGUUAAUAUUUUACUGGCAUCGGCAGCCCAGCCGAAUCCAGGCGGGAUCUACAACAUGUGUGACGAUGAACCAGCACCAUCGGACGAAGUCACGGCUUAUGCUUGUGAGCUGUUGGGUGUACAAGUACCUCCUCGGCAGUCGUGGGAAGAAGCGGAGAAGACUAUGAGUGCCAUGGCAAAAAGUUUCUAUGCGGAGAGCAAGAUUUGCGCCAAUCGUCGGAUUAAGGAAGAGCUAGGAGUGCAACUCAUCUAUCCGACAUACCGUGAAGGUUUUCUAGCCCAAAUACUCGAGGAAGACAAUCUGUCUACAGCAAGUGAUGUUCUGUCUUGUCUUGCUGCUAGUAAGACUCUUCCACGGUUGGUGAUGCUUGUGAAUAUUGGAUCACUGCGAGCUGAGCCGUACCUUGACCUACGUCAGAUCAGCUUUCGACUGAGCCGGUCUAUCGGUCAGCCUGUUGUGCCUUGUAGCUUUCGAUUUUCGAAUCGCGUUGACCCUAACGAACUGAAUGGGCUCGAAGCCAAGACUUUUGGAAUGGUGCUGACUGACCACCUUGCCACUCGUGGAGAUAAUGCCAGCGACGUUGUUGUGCUGCCAUUGUUUUUUGGCAAGAGCAGUACGCUGACAGAAUUUCUGCCAAAGACAAUCAACAAAGUUUGGGCUGCAGCCACACCAACGCCCUCAAUGCCACUCACUGUUCGCGUUGGCGGUUGCCUUGUUGACCAAGAGAAUGCGGAAGAUACUCGGGUGGCUCAGAUUCUCUUGGAGCGUAUUCUAGCUGUAGUGGACUUGAAGACGGUGACUGACGAUGUGAACGUUCUAGUAGUGGACCAUGGCACACCAAACCGAGACGUAAACGAGGCGCGUGAGCUCGUCGCCCAGGCGUUGCGUGGUCUUUUGCAGAGGUACGAGCACGUCAAACUGGUCGAUACCGCGUGCAUGGAGCGCCGCGAAGGUGCAGAGUACGAUUUUAAUGAUCCACUACUGGCUCAAGCUCUUGACUAUUACACCGUGAAGACAGGAAUCGUUGUCUGUGCCAUCAUGUUCCUUUCUAACGGUCGCCAUGCUGGCGAAAAAGGUGAUAUCGAGGAGAUCAUCGAGGACGUCAGAGCGAGACACCCGGGCGUGGACGUCUGUGUCACAGAGGCGCUUGGAACGCAUGAGCUGCUGUCCGAGAUUAUGCAGGACCGCUACCGUACUGUCCUAGCCAAGAAGACCCCGGACUACACGUUGCCUACUGACAAGUAA